GUAUAACAAAAUCCCCCACACAUUUGAUGCUGAAAAGCAGUGUGCAGGAUUAGCAUGGUACUCUGGUUUCCGUCGCCGGCAUCCAAACCUGUCUUUGCGUAAACCUGAGCUAACUUCCAUGGCUCGCAGUACAGGAUUCAACCGAGAAGCAGUGACGACGUUUUUCGAAAAUUUGGAGACAAUUUUCGAAGAAAAUCAGUUUUCGCCGGACAGGAUCUGGAAUACAGAUGAAACCGGCAUUAAUACGGUUCCGAACCGAGUAUCCAAAGUUCUCGCUGUGAAAGGUAGCCGACAAGUUAGUGCUAUUUCGUCCGCUGAGAGGGGAGUUAAUACGACUGUUAUGAUGACUGUUUCCGCUGCUGGUCAAUAUUUGCCGCCGAUGUUCAUUUUCCCCAGACAACGAAUGAAUGAACUACUCAAGAUAGGAGCUCCGGCGGGUUCGGUGUUCACAUGUAAUCCGAGUGGUUGGAGCAACGUAGCUACAUGUUCAACGUGGUUCGACCAUUUUCUGGCGCAUACGCGACCGACCGCUGAUGCACCGGUACUACUGAUACUAGACGGACAUUCGAGUCAUACUAAGAACAUCGAGAUGAUUGAGAAAGCGGCACGUAAUAAUGUUCGUAUACUUUCUAUCCCACCGCACACAUCACAUAAACUGCAACCUCUGGAUGUGUCAGUAAUGGGGCCACUUAAGACGAAGUAUGGCCAGGCGGUUGACCACUUUCUGAGACGAAACCCAGGAAAGACGGUGACUGUAUAUGACGUGGCGGCCUUGGUUAACGAAGCAUUCCUCGAUGCAGCUACCAUGCAAAAUGCUGUCUCGGGAUUCCGAGCCACUGGAAUUUUCCCAUUCGAUAAAAGAUUGUUCAAUGACACCGAUUUUGUUGCUUCAAUCUUCCUGAAUACAUCCGGUGGUAGCGUGGACAAAGCCAUACAAACAGAGACAGAGUGUGUUGAGGUUCCCAGAAAAGAGCAAAGUUCGUCCAGCAAGAAUAAUAGACCUGCAUCACAACACACUGCAUUAAACAGCCAGAUAAUGCAAGCAGAUGGGCACGACACGCCGGUAGAAAUAUCGAUUGUCGAAUCGACGAAUGCAGAAUUGGGAUUAGAAUGCUUUGAUUUGAACAUGUCAACCGGCGAAACUGAAUUUGUAACGAUUGAUCCAAAUAUUUACUACGUUCUGGAAGAAAACGGCAUUGUGAAGAUCCACACGGUGAACGACUCAUCCAUGCACCCAUCGGGAAGCGGCGUAUAUCCUUCUGUUGCUGGUCCUUCUACAUACUCGGUACUGUCGAGUAACGCAGUAGGAACGGAUUUUGUACUUCAUCCGAACUUAAUUGUUCCAAAAGGCAUUUCACGAAAACGCAAGCCUAAGAAAGACCGACGAGAACAAUCAGCAGAACUUACUUCGAUUACAUAUCGCAAUCGUUUGCUGCAGAGUACCGCUGAGAAGGAAAUAAAAAACAUCCGAAAAGCGCAGCGCCGGAACAAGCGAAAGAAAGAUGACCCUAUUGGUAUUUCAGAUGUUCUCUGUCCAUCAUGCGGUAUUUGCUUCAGUGCAUCAGCAGAUGGCAGAGGAUGGUCAAUGUGUAUUAAAUGCCAUGCUUGGUAUCACAGUGAAUGUGUUACGUUCGACCAGAUGGUAUGCGGAUCGUGUACUCAACCUGUUCCUGUCUGA